UGUCAGCUGAGGAGGAGAACAGCUGAGCGAACAAGCUCCACUCUCAGAUGCUGUGAUAUUCUGCUGCCGCGCUCCAGAAGUUUGCUGAAGUUCAGGCAGCAUGGCUUCGGGGUCGGAGGGAGACGAUGGAGGCAUUCCCCUGGACAUCGACAAUGUCCACAUGCUCCUCCAAGUGGAGCAUGAACAGAUCCAGAAAAGGACAUUUACCAACUGGAUAAACGCUCAGCUUGCCAAGAGACGUUCACCCUCCUACGUGUCGGACUUAUUUUCGGACCUCAGAGAUGGAUCACGGCUUCUGGACCUGCUGGAAGUGAUGAGCGGUCAGUCGAUGAAAAGACAAAGAGGUCGAGGAGUUUUCCAGCAGAGGGCCAAUGUUGAAACGGCUCUGGACUUUCUCAAGAAAAAAUCUAUCAAGCUGGUGAACAUAAACAUCCCAGACAUCACAGACGGACGUCCAUCCAUCAUCCUUGGCCUUGUUUGGACCAUCAUCCUCCGCUGCCACAUUGAGGAGUUGGCCAGUGCGUUGUCCUUUAGCUCCCGUCAUUCCUCCCUGGACUCUGUGUCGAGCCUGGACUCCUGGUCCGGCAGCCCGGUCCCGGCCAGUCUGGUCCCUGCUGGGCGGGUAUCACCUCUGCACAGGCGCUUCCGUGUUUCUGCCAAAAAGGCCCUGCUCAUGUGGGUCAGAGACCAAUGCAAAAAGGUUCACUGCACUGUCAACGUGAAAGACUUUAAGUCCAGCUGGAGAAGUGGGGAGGCCUUCCUGGCCAUCCUGUGCUCACUCCGACCAGAACUGGUGGAUCUGUGCCGGGUCCAGACCCGAAGCAACCAGGAGAACCUGGAGGAAGCUUUUCACCUGGCUGAGAGGGAACUCCACAUUCCUCGCCUCCUGGAGCCCCAAGAUGUUGACGUUAGAGAUCCGGAUGAGAAGUCCAUUAUGACGUAUGUGACCCAGUUUCUGCAGUACUCCAACGAUCUGCCAGCGCCUGAUGAUCACCUGCAGCUGUUUCCUUUGGAGCAGCCUUCAGGUUUCUCCCCUGAGUGUUUGCAUGCUCAUGUCACUCCAGCAGCUGCUUUCACACCUUCACACCCGGCGUCACCCAGCGAGCGAGUGCAGGACGCGACUCGUUGGCUGCAGCAGGCCUGUCAGGAGCUUUCAGAAACAUGGACAGCUGCAGAGGGAUCAAAUUAUGCAGAAAAAUAUCAGGUGUACGAGAGCCUCACUGCUUCCUUUGCUGAUCAGAGACGAUCCGUUAUGAAGCUCCUUGCAGCAGCAAGACGUCGCUCAGAACUAAACCAAGAACAGGAAGCUCUGAGGACGGCGUGGGAUCAGCUGGAGGACGAGCUGCGGCGGUGUGAAGCCGAACUGGAACGGAGUCUUCCUCCUCCUCUGGACUCGGUCGUGUCGUGGCUGCAGAGAGGAGAGGCGGCGCUGAAAGACGAGGCAGAGACGACAGAAGGUCAUGCAGAGGCCGCCAAACAUGCAAGAGCAAAACAAGACCAGCUAAAGACGUUGAUCAAGGAGAUGAAUCAUUAUGUGACGCUCGCCGACUCGUUCCACAGUGUUGAUGAUUCAGGGAGUCCAGCGGUGCCUUCAGAAAAGCUGGACGACAUAAAGACCCGUUUGACUGGCGUCCGAGUCACCGCAAAGUACGAAAUAAUAAAGCUGGAAUUAGAGGAAUCUCAUCACACGGUCCUGGAUCUCCUGGGAGACGUCAAGGCAAAGGUCCGGUCCUGGGGACCUCCGUACGGAUCCCAGCAGUCCGUUCAGGUUCUUCUGCUUGACUGGCAUGAAACCGUGGAGCACCGAGGGUUGCUCCUGAUUCUGACUGAUGCUCUGCAAAGCCUGAAGGACAGGAUGGAUGUUUACACCAGCAAAGCUUCUCUGGGUGGAGAUUCGCAGCGUGUCAUUCGUCAGGUGAAGGAAGCAGAAAGCGAAUCAGAGCUGGUCAAACAGAUGACAGCGGCUGCUAAAGAAAUGAUGGACAGAAUUGUGUCUGCAUGGGACGUGUGCAACAAGAACCUCACUGCUCUUGAGACAUGGCUGAUGCAAACUUCAGCUGCAGAGACACAGGAUAUGAGCGAAUGGAGUUCAUGUCAUGCUCGGUUGAAUGAGGCGGGAAACUUCCUAAUUGAAAUGACAGAAGCUUCAAUCAGCUCCAGUUUGGUGAAGCAGCUCAGCAAAGUCAACCUGCAGUGGGCCGAACGCAUGAAGAAGACUGUGUUUGAAAUAGAAUCAGAACCUAAAGUUGGUCCCUCUUCUGCUCUGAUGUUGAAUUCACUAACACAGGAGGCAAGUUUGCUCCUGAGGCAGCCUCUGGAUGUAGCUUCAGUCCCUCUAAAGGCCGUCAGACAAAAACUACAGUCCAUUAGAACAAAGAUUGGAGAGGUGGAUGCAUCAGCCAACGUCCCUUCUGCAGACCUUCAAAUGGGCCAAAGAGAAAACCUUCAGCAAACACUCAUAGAGCUUGCUGAGGCAGAACGGUGCUGUGGGGAUCUGCAGAGAGCGGCGUCCCAACUCGAGGGGCGUGUGGCUGAGCUCGAUCACUGGAGCAGCGAAGCCCUGGACUGUUAUGAUCAGCUGAUGGAAAGGAAACACAGAGGAGGACAGUCUGCUGCCAAAGUGUUGAUCUCUCGAGGGUUGCAGCUGGCACAGCAGGUGACUGCAGAGUCGCAGCAUCUGGAAGCUUUUGUUGCAGAACGACAGAAAACUUCUCCUUUGCAGACUUUCAGUACCGCUGACAUGCAGGACAAGACUGCAGCUGCAAUCUCCCAAAGCCAGGAGAUACUUGAAAAGUUUAGUUCCUGUGGUUUCAAGCAGCAAGUUGGAAAUUUCUGCGAAUGGAUGCAACCAGUUGAAAUCCUCCAUCCAGACACUGGAUCAUACAUUCUGGCCAGAACCAAACAGGUUAUAGAUGUUAAACUGCAAACUCCAGAACUGAUUCAGCUUCCUGAUCAGGGGGCGAGACGUCGCCAGGAUUCAAAACAAAGCACAGAAGACAGGAAGGGCUCUGCGUCCCACGUAAAAAUGAAAACAGUCCCUCAACCUGUGAUGGUUCCGGUCCUGCAGAGUCAAACCGAGAGUCCUGCAGCAGGAUCGACAGAGAUCAAGUCCAGAACAGCGUCACAACCAAACACCCAACAGGGACCAACACACACACAGCCGCCACUCAUGAUCCACAGUGAGGUUCACUGCAAAGCCCAGUCGAUGGCCAGGAGCCGACUGGAGAAGGCCAGGCUUCGUCUGCAGGGACGCAUCCAGCAAGCCAUGAAGCUGUUCAGUGGCAGAGAGAUGACCGAGUCACAAACCAAGAAAAAACAGAAAGCUCUAAACACUCUGCAGCCCGCCAUGCUCGAUGAGUUCCUGGGUGCAGCUGAAGCUUUUGGGGCCUUCUGUUCUGGGCCUCAGUUCCAGGACUUGAUGCUUCUCUCUGAGUCAGUCCGAAAUCAGUGGGAGGAUGUGCGCAGAGAAAUGGCUGACUUUAUUUCCAUCCAGGCGUCUAAAAUCAGAGAAGUAAAGCAGCCAUUCACUGCUUGUGACAUUUUUACUAAUGCUCUGCAUGACGCUGCUGACCAGACUGACCACAGUUACUUGCAACAGCACCGCAAGGCGCUCACCCAGGAGGCUGCAUCUGUCGAGGAACACUCUGAAUCUCUCAGAGAACUGUGUGAGACUUUGACAGUGGAGAAAUCCUCCGGCUCGGCAACAGACCAGCAGACAGAGCCUGGAAAAGUGCAGAAAACUCAAAUUAAGAGCAGGGGACAGCAGCCUGCGGUAAACCCCCCGCCGAGUCCGGCCGACACGCAGCCAGGCUGCAGUCUCGCUCCGGAGCGCCGCCUGGACGCGGCGCAACAAGACGCCUCGCCCUCAGGAAAGGCAGCGCGCGCUCAAAGAGCCGACGACGCCCUGCGGCUGCGAGUCUGGGACGUCCCGCCAGGGAACAAGGACCACCUGAGGCAGAGCCAGGGAGACGGGCGGGAGAAGAAGCAGAAGCCUUCACUUCGGGCUCAGGAGCAGCUGCUGCAAGCUCACCUGCUGCACAUCACAGGGAGCGGUCAGCAGGCUCACAGUCAUGUACAGGCUGUUGUUAGGAGCAACACUGUGGAGAGCAAACAGGAGGCAGAAUGGACCGUCAUCCCAGAACCAGAUGUGCCACCGCAGCUGGAGCGCACCACUAAACGGGACGCAGCAGGAAGCAGAAUGGUUCCCCUGAAAAGUACCUCCGACCCGAUGGAGUCUGCAGUCGAUCAGACGACAAUAAUCACGGAAAAACUAAACCAGAUCAUCAGUCAGCCUUUGGACGUCUCCUCUCUGGCGCUGGAUGAAUCCUCACUGUUUUCUGACCUGAAGGAGGUAGAUGAAACGCUGAAGGAUGAGAUGAGAAGGCUCUCAGAGGAGGAACAGCGAGGGCCGGCAGCCACAUCGCAGCCGUUCCUGCGCCAGUCACUCCUCCUCGGUAACGUUCGUCAUCUGGAGCAGCUCAGACGGCAGCUGGACGGCGUUCAAUCCGCCGUGGAGACUCUGGAUCACUUCCUGGCCACCCUGAGAGACAUCAAGGCUGAGAGUCCAACGCUGCUGACAAACCGAGACCCCAACGAGCGUAAAAAUGAAACGGAGCUGCUGAAGGAGAGACAUUCUUGGCAGGCAACAGUGGAGAGGUUGAAGCUUGCUAUGGCGCAGUCCCAUGUUGUUGACUGCAGCUUAAAGGCAGCGGGGAUGACUCUGACCCUGGAUGGAGCUUCUGUGACGUGUCGGGAUGUGGCGGCCUUUCUGUCCGAUCAAAUGAGAGCCAAGAGGCGAGAGGGAGAGAAAAAUCUAGAUAUUCUGGAAAAGAAUGGCGCCGAAAGCAGCGAGGACGUGGAGGAACCGAGAUUUGCGCCAGUUGUGACAGAUGAAGAGUCAACAUUGGAGUUUAAGCGGAGGAAGCAGGAACCAAAAAUCCAAAUAUCGGCAUCUGAAGAGGGUUUCUUGCAAAGAAGCCCGAGCGGUCACGCUGGGAAAGCUGGAACCGAGCGUAAGGGUUUGGUCCAGAGGAGGUCUGCCUUGUUGGCAGUGCUGAGAGAGACCAAAGCAGCAGCUGAGAGGUUGGAGCUGCUGGAGCCGACGCUGCCGGCCCUGCAGCAGAGGACGCGGGCUUUGACGGAGCUGGAGAGUUUCCUUGCCGGCCUUGACUCUGAGGUUCGGUACGUUCAUGAUGCGUCUUCAGAAUCAGAUUUUCCCAAAGAGAAUCAGAGCAGAGAGGUGGAGGAUCUCUGGGAGGAGACGAGGAAAGCCACAUCAGAACGGCUGGAGCAGGCUCAGGCCCUGACAGAACUGCUGAGGAGGUUUCAGAUCAUGCGCGGUGAGCUGAGCGGCACGCUGCAGACGGCCGAGGCAACCAUAGCUGAACAAGCCUCCUACGUCGGAAAAGAUUACCUGCAGAGGCUUUACGCUAAGGUUGGAGAGACGAAAGCAGAGCUGAACGGCCUGGGAGACGACAUAGAGGAGGUCCGCAGCGUCUGCAGACAGCUGCAGUCUCUGCUGCGUCAGGUCCCGGGCUGCAGCGGCUCUCCGUUUGAGAACGAAGCCGACGCGCUGAUGGACCGCUGGCUGGACCUGUCUGAAAGAACCGAUUCCCACCUCGAAAACCUCCAUCUUUGCUUGACGUUGUGGGACGGAGUCCUGCAGCUGGGGCAGGAGGUAGUUAGCUGGACCAACAGCAGAACCGCGGCGCUUUCUCAGGGUCCGUCUUUCCAGACUGAGGACCACAUUAAGGCUCUGCAGAAUGAGAUUAUGACCCAGGAGGAGAGUGCACGGCGUUUCCACAGGAAGGCUGCAGAGAUUCAGUCGCUGCUUCAAAGUGCAGAGCCCCCUCUGGAGCUGCAGGUUGUAGAGACCCAGAUGAGAAAGAAAAUAGAGCAACUGAAGGAGCUCCUUUUGGAAAGCGAGGAGGUGUACAAGCAGACGGUGGCCACAAUGGGACAAAUCACCGAAAGGAUGGCAGAGUCUCUCAGCUCCCUGCAGAAGAUUCAAGACUCCCUCCGCAGUUUUUCUGCUCCAGACGUUGCAACAGUCCUGGCGAAACUUAAGGAAUUAUGUCGGCAGCUCCACACUGAAGAUGAACAAGCCCAGAGUUUACUGGAGGAUCUGCAGGUUCUGGCCUCCAUCGCCGGCCCGGACAGCCUCCAGAGUCUGUCUGUCAGAGGGAUUCAGCUGGAGGAGAAACUCAGAAACACACAUCAGCUUUUCGCCGAGGUGGAGGAACAAACCGAGAGGAAUGUCCAACACCUGGACAGGCUGCAAACGGAGAAAGAGCAACUGGAGAAGUGGCUUUGUGCAGCUGAGGAAGAGGCACUGAAGACGAAGAAUCUGAGUUUUCUGCAAGAAGAAGCAAUUCAGCAAAGAGGGAGAUCAGAGCGCAUUGCUGAGCUCGUAUCGUCUUUAAGAAGCAGUAACCUGCAGCACUGCGUGCUGCUGCAGCAGAGCUGCGAUCUGCUGCAGCAAUGUCAAAACUUCUGCACAAACCUUGGAGGCGUUUCGGAGGAGGCGACGCCCCGGCUGAGUAACAAUUCAGAAGCAUUUCAGGGUUUGGUUGAAUCCAUCCAGUCCUGGUUUGAUGAUCUGAGACAGAGUGACAGAGGUGAAGAAAUUAAAACUUCAGCAGAGCAAAGACUUCGUCAUGCUCAGGCUGUGCUAAAGGCUACAACUGGAGCGGAAACGCGUCUGGAGCAGCUCAGAGCUACUGGAGAGAGUCUGAGCCAAAGAUUGUCUCCAGACCUGAAACGAGACGUUCAGGUGAAGAUUCAGAAAACAGAACAACACUGGAAGAACCUUUUGGAAUCCGUUCAGCCUUACUCCAGGGCACUGGAAGAUGAUUUGGAGCUCUCCUCCGCCUACCUGACCAGCAGGCAGGAGGCUUCCUGCAGAGUGGAAGAGCUGAAGCACCAAGCGGAGCGGCUUCCAUCUUUAUUCCCCUGGCCGGGCUCGGCCGAGCGAGCGCAGGCCUUCCUUCUCGCCCGGCAGCUGCAGGCUGAAUCAGAAUCGCUGAAAUUAACCUUAACCAGUCUGGAUGAGAAGAGGAUGGAGCUGGCUGAGAAAACCAGGAACGCCAUCUGGAAAGAUUCCUCCUGGGAUGAGUUGGAAACCCGUUGGGCAGGACUUACGGCAGAAGUGAAGGGUUUGUGCGCCCACCUGCAGAAAGGUUUGAGUAAUGAGGAAGAGUUGGGCCAGCUGCUGCAGACCUGCCACCACCACCUGACAACCCUUCAACAGAGGAUGACGGCCUGCCAGCCCCGAGCAGAAAGCUCCGGCGGGCUGACCUCUGAUGCAGCAGCUCUGGAGGCUUUGCUGAAACAAGUAGCAGAAAUUGAAAAGGAGCUUUUAGUGCUUGUAACGCUCAGGGAUUCCCUCGCAGCCAGCUGCACAGCAGAAGCCCAAGCCAGCCUUUCAGAGCAAAUCAGUAACCUUCAAAACCACAAGAGGGCGAUAGAGCGUGCAAUCCCUCUGCAGGGAGAAGCCUCCCUUUUACAGGCAGAUCUAAGAGAUCUUGGCAAAAAUGUGGAGGAGCUGUCUGUGUUGCCAGAUGUCUUCCAGCUGACACAGCAGUGGCGUUCGGUACAGGAGUUGGAUAGCAGAUUGACACAGCUGGAUAUCAGAGCUAAUGGCCUGCAGAGGACCAGGGAAAUGCAGGAAGUGCUUCCUGCAGAAGCCAUUUUUACUGUCAGUGCUGUUUGGAAAGAACUCCUCAGCCUGAGGUCAGUUUUUAACCAGAAAAAGGAAGAAUGUGUGGCAGUGACGGGCGAGGCGGUGAGAGGCGUCAUCAGAGAUCUGCAGCUGUGGAUCCAAGCAGUGGAAGUUCAGACGUCACCUGGGCAGGCGGUUCUGGAUGAAGGUUUACAGCUUCAAAACAAACUUUACGACGUUCUUUCCCAGCAGAACAUUCUGGUAAAUUGUCUGGGUGAAGAAAUGAUGAAAACUCUGCUGAAAAGCGCUUCAGAGGUUUUGAUGGAAAGUCGAGGCCUGGUUAAUUAAAUGCUAACAGAAAUGCGAAACGGAGGUGAAGAAAAAGCCGGAGAUGUUUGUGAACCCAACUCAGACAGACACCAAGAUGG